CUAACCUGCGCCGAAAACGAGUACAACUCCAUCGCCGCUCUCGUCUUCACAACGCCGGAAAAAUCACUCCAUGCGCUCUUCCAUGAUCCUCCUGAUUCCUUCGGCCCCGCUUCCUUGUACUUGUUUUUGCCCUACAUCUUCGGCAUAACCUGCAUCACCUUCGGACUCUCAGUCCCGGCUGGCCUAUUCAUUCCCGCCCUCCUAAUUGGAGCCACCUGGGGUCGAAUAAUUGGCUUUCCCAAUCUUAUUAUAAAGAAGUCCUUCAUCAACGUGAAGCACCUGUUAGACGUGAGUUCGGGACGACAGUUACUGACGUUUAUUCGGCUCCAACAGUUCACUACACCGGAGAGCGUGUUUGGCCGAAAGUUCACGACGCUUGUCAUCUCUUCAGUCUUCACAGCCACACUCCUACGCUUGUAUGCGACACUCGGAGGGAGUGCGCAAAUACGAGUGAUAAAGGGUCCCGUCGGCGAACGGCCAACCCAUGUUCCUUGA